ACCAUGACUUGGAAUAAAUAGAUGCUUUGGACCAGACUGCGAAGAAAACGUUUUUGAAAACACAGAACUGAACUCUCUCCCAUAAUGAUUUACCUUUCAGGGUUUGUUGGCUUCCUUCUCGUCCUCACAGCUGAGGCCAGAGUCGGAAACUCAUCUGAGUUAAACUUCUGUUCUGAGACAGAAGAGUGCCUGCUGUUCGAUCUCAUUUGUCAAACUGAUGAUUACGAAGUCCGUCACUAUGACUCAGUCAAUUGGGUUUCAACUCAAGAAUCAUCCUGGAGCAUGGACUACGCAUCAAUAAGCGCAUUCAGACGACUGUUUGCCUACAUCAAUGGAAAUAACAUUGAAAUGACAGCUCCUGUUAUUUUGAAAAUCUCUGACAAAACGUCUUUCUGGCAAACGGGUAUCUACACAAUGAGUUUCUUGCUGCCAGCUGCACAUCAAAAAAAUCCCAUCCCACCUACUGAUAAAAAGGUGUACAUCAAGAACAUGACAGAUAUGCAAGUGUAUGUACGGAGCUACGGAGGAUGGAUGAUGAGCUGGUCGGACAAAAGCCAAGCGAAAAUACUGUCCUCUGACCUUGAUUCAGCGGGUGCAGAGUACGACCGUAGCUUCCACUAUGGUGUUGGAUACAACAGUCCGAUUAUGGUGUUCGACAGGCACAAUGAGGUGUGGUACGUCGUUCAGGAUGAUCCGGUGUGUGGCAGCAGUGAGGAAAUGGGGUUAUAAUAAUAAUCUUUUUUUUUUGUUAUCUCCUAUCUCUUGAAUAUUAUAAACAGUGUGCAAUGACGGCUUACAGUAAACAUGCUAUAUGAAAAGAUGGUUUAGCUGGACAUUCCCGUAAGUCCUAAAGUGGCAUAUAGAUAACCACAAGCCAGAGCACAGAUUUUUUUUAAUGGUGGUUUGAAUGAAUUGAAUACAGCAUGCAGUCCUUGUGAAGAUUGUUCUCCACUGGCUUGUUUGUUGUUGUUUUUGAUCAAUAAAAUCACUCCAUUGAA